GGCAACACCAUGGAGACCGUGCUCGAGCAGCUCACCGGCAUCGACACCUUUGCGGCCGCCACCUACUUCGAUGAUGAAGAUUUUUUCACGGAGCAGGCGUCCAGGGAUAACCUGGACACGGACGGGUUCCUGGAGCACGACGUGGACUUUCUGAGCGGCCAGAUUAGCGAGUAUUACAAGGAGAGCAGAGUGGCUCCCGAUGCCGAGCACUGCGACUCGGGCAUCCUCUCCUUUACAUCGUCCUCGUCGCCCUUUUCCUUCGACUGCCCGGACAGCACUUCUGAGGUGUCCCCCCAGCUCAAAGGGAUCGAGGGCGCUGCGAAAAGACGCAGGAGGAUCCGCUCAGAAGUUGAAAUGCAGCACCUUCGGCAAGCUGCAAAUGUCCGGGAGCGCAGACGCAUGCAGUCUAUUAACGAUGCAUUUGAAGGUCUCCGAACUCACAUACCAACGCUACCUUAUGAAAAACGACUUUCAAAAGUUGAUACCCUCCGACUGGCAAUCGGUUACAUUAACUUCUUAACAGAGCUUGUUCAAUCCGACAUGCCUUUAAGAAACCCAAACAGCGAUUCUGCAAUCCAGCCUAAAAAAGUCAUCAUCUGUCAUAGAGGUGCAAGAUCGCCAUCUCCAAAUGACCCAGACUAUGGGUUGCCCCCUCUCGCAGGGCAUUCCUUGUCGUGGACUGAUGAGAAACAGCUUAAAGAACAAAACAUCAUCAGGACAGCCAAAGUGUGGACUCCCGAAGAUCCUAGAAAAUCUAGUAGCAAAUCAUGUGUAAACAAUAUUGAGAACGAACCACCUUUUGACUUUGUCUCAUAG